AUGAAGCUCCCAUCCACGAGCCUGGCUCUAGCCGCGGUGCAGCUUCUUACGCUGAGCCAUAACCUCGCCUCGUGUGCUCCCAUGAUCGAAGGAGACACAUCCACAUCAGCGCUCGAUUUGCAACGACUUCAAGUCCAAACCCAACCACAUAUUGACGCUUUCAAAGACCAAGCCCAAGAUCAAGAUCACUUCGACGCAUCCUCGAUUCCCUCACGCUACCAAUCCACCCUCCUCGCACGCCGCCUCCUCCACCUCUCCUCGCACGGCGACCUCAUCACCGUGUUCCCCACGGCGGGAAAUCUCUCUUCGCGCAUCCCGCCCUCGGUGGCGUCCACCCCGAUCGGCCUCCCCGAGUACAUCGCCACGUGCGAAGAGGAGUCCCAUCACGCGGCGGACCCGACCAUCCUCUCGCUCAAGAUCUCCACGGCGACCCGCAACGCCGAGGCCGGCUCCAACGCCACGCUCUCGCUGAGCUGGUGGGACGAGUACAUCCACCGGACGGGCCGGGCGCCGUUCGCGCUGGCGAACCUCCCCCGUCUCAGUCUGACGGGAUACUUGGAGGAGAUUCCGGCCGAGGACCGCCCCGCGCGGGCGCUGGAGACGUGCUUCCUCAAGAAACACAAGGACAGCGUCAUGUGGUUACCCGGUCGGAAGUGGGCGGCCCACGAGGGCGUGUGGACCAGACUGGUCGUCCAACAGGCUUAUUGGAUCGGUGGGUUCGGCGACAAGAAUUACAUUGGCUGGUUGGAUCCCGAGGAGUGGAGGACCGUGCGCAGGGAGGAGUGGGAGGAUGUGAGGCUGCCUGGAGAGAAGGAGUGA